UAAUUUGGAGUCAUAGCUGUAUCGCAGCAAGGUGCCGAUAGGAGUCGCUGUGCUACAGUAUGUAAUGCUGCAAUAACACUCGAAGAAGAAAAUGUCUGUUUACGUCCACAUGUUAAUGGCGUGUCAAGCUAAAAUUGUAUAAUUUAUAUGAGUGAUAAAACAGUAUACCGGUUCCAUUUAUAGGAUUUUAACAUAUUUACUUUUGCUGAAGAAACGUACUCGAUAUGGAUGAUAUAGAGGCUGAGCUGAACAUUUCAGCUGCUCAUUUCGACUCUCCAGGGAAUGAAACGACAAACGAGGAGAUUAUUAAAAACCCACUUCACAUUGAAGCACCAAACAAAUACUACGGUCAGUCUAAAGAAACCGGCUUUCAUAGAUCCAGCAGAAAGUGUCUGAAGAUCAUCAGAGAUGCCAUGCUGCAUCACAACUGGCAGAAGGCUGCAGAAUAUUUCACAUCUUACAUUCAAACUCUGGAGGACACCACUGUCACCCGUGCACUUCUCACUCGUGAUGUCACUUGGAGACUCGGCGCAGAGAUUCUACAUCAUCUCACUAAUGCCAGCAUUGAUGAUUUUAAUGCUGUGUAUGAAAUUAUGAAAAAUACAGGGGUCUCAAACUAUGCUAAGAUCUGUUUGGAACAAGCGUUUCAUCUCCUGCUGAACGGAGAGUCGGAUGAAGCCAAGCGACAGCUGUCCAGCGCAAGUCACUGGAGGUACGGCAAACGGACGGACGCUCAGUCUCUGGAGAUGAAACUCAUCCAUGCUUACUGUGGCUUUCUGGAUUACUUCAUCUGGAGCAAAAAGAUAUCCACCACAUCAGAAACAGAUGACGUCCACAGUUUGAAUGAGAUCUCCAUGUACUUCAGACAAGCUUCAGUGACUCUCAGUGAGAUUAUAAAGCAACCGGGAAUCUGGGACCCCUUUGUGUUGAGUUACAUCACUAUGCUGGAGCAUAACAACAGUAUAGAUGAGGCGCUGAAGGUUCUGCAGAAUUACGCGUACAACAAAGAAUUCCCAUCGAACCCAAACGCUCACGUCUAUCUGUAUCAGUUCCUCAAGAGACACAACGCUCCACCAUCUGCACUCAUCUCAUCAUUAAGGAUUCUGCAUUCUGUUGUCCCGAGUCACAAGCUGAUGUUAGACUUCUGCUCUCUUCUACUGAAAGAACAUCAAGAGACUGCUAUGAAAGAAGCUCUCCUCGUUUGUAUGGACCUUCUUGAGUAUUCCAGCUGGAAAUGUGACAGGGAUGCAUGGAAAUGUCUUCUGAAAAUCCUGCAGCGACCCAAGAACGAACAUAAUAUGGUGAAAGAGGAAUGGGCUGUCAGAAGAUCAUUGUGGAUGGCCUUUCACUUCAGACCUUACAUCAUCAGGAUGGAGUCACAGAAGGACGUCAGACUUUGGAGAAUCAAGGAGAGAGUUUUAAAGCUUCUGGGUGAAGACUUACACACAGAGGAUUUUAGAAAAUCUCCCUCAGGUCAGAGAGACCACAGUGAAGACUAUGUCAACGGGUCCGAAUCAUAAAUUAAUUUAAGCAUUUGGGAAAGAAUCUCCGCUGGGGAGCACCUCUUCAUAAUAAACAUGAAGAUUAUAAGAUUUCCAGAUCUUUUAUGUGGAUUGUUCACAAAAAGUUUAAAGAAGGCUUUAAAUAUGUCCAAGAGAGGGCGCAGAUGCUGCAUUUAUAAAGCCUGCUGUAUUUCACAAAAGAUUCUUUCAAACAAACAUGUUUGUCUGACAAUACCCUGCUCAAAUUUACGGUGGAUUCUAAAACAAGAACAAUGAUAUCAAGGAAUGCUUUUCUUAGAUACAUUUAACUUUAUAAGUAUGUUUUGGACUGAAAGGAUGCUUUGGAAAAUAAACGUCAAGUUGAGAACGUUGAAGUAA